GAUAACGACUUCCGGGGUUGGUUACCAUCAGCCUGUUAGCAGGAGACAGGAGAAAGGUGAGUGUGUGUGUGGAUGUAGUGUCAGCAGAGCGCCGUGAUGCCCCUGGAGGUGAGAUGGCCGUUCCCUCAAUGCCCCGCUCUGCCGUGGAGGAUCUCCAGCUCACUGAUCAUGGGCAUGGUGGGCUCCUACUCCUACUUCUGGACCAAGUACAUGAACUGUCUGACGGUCCACAACCACGAGGUUCUGUUGAACCUGGUUGACCAGAGGACCUCGGACACGCCCCUCAUCACUCUGUCCAAUCACCAGUCCUGUAUGGAUGAUCCGCACAUCUGGGGCGUCCUGAGGCUCAGGCAGCUGUGGAACUUCAAAAAGAUGCGAUGGACCCCUACAGCAUCUGACAUCUGCUUCACAAAAGAGCUGCACUCCAGGUUCUUCAGCCGAGGGAAGUGUGUUCCCGUCUGCAGAGGUGAUGGUGUUUACCAGAAAGGAAUGGACUUUAUUCUGGAGAAGCUGAACAAAGGAGAGUGGGUGCACAUCUUUCCAGAAGGCAAAAUCAACAUGACAGAGGAAUUCAUACGUUUAAAGUGGGGUGUUGGUCGGCUGAUAGCGGAGUGCUCGCUUAAUCCGAUAAUCCUGCCACUCUGGCACGUGGGUUUGAGCGACGUGCUGCCCAACGUGGAGCCCUACAUUCCUCGCACGGGCAAGAGAAUCACCGUCCUCGUGGGGAAACCGUUCAGUGUCAAAGAUCUCGUUGAAACCCUCCGAGCUGAAAACAAGAGCCAGUUGGAAAUGAGGAAGACCCUGACGGAUUUCAUCCAGGUGGAGUUUCGGAGCCUGAAAGCCCAGGCCGAGGCCCUGCACAAGCAGGUAGAGACCAGAUCCUGAGUCCUAGCCAUCCUGCGUUUGCCUGCAGACACUCUGGUCCUUCACACAUCAGCCCUGAGGAUAACACCCCAUAUACAGAGAAGCUCCCACACGGAGACAUCACUGAGCCUCAGAGUGUUUCGCCGACGGUCGUAAACGAGCAUUUCUGUAACUUUGGAUGCAACAAACUCAUUUUGUAAUUCAGUUAUUGCUUCAAAAUCAGGCUGGUCCACUGCACACCUAAACAGGACGAGUAGCACUGCAGAUGUGAGAAUGCUUGAUUACAUAUGAAUAUAUGGUUUGUCUGGGACCCUUUAGAACCAGAAGCCCUCAGGAGAAUUUCUUUUACCUCCUUGGUAUCAGAAGGCAUUUUGAUUUUGAUGAUUCAGCUUUUCAUGUCAUCCAACUUUGAAGUCCAGAGCAGCAGCAGAAGCUGGUGUUGAGUCUGAGGAGGAGAGAGGAGGUCAGGGUGAUGGAUGGGCGAGUAAAGGGGCCACCUCACGACCUGUGUGUGUGUGUGUGUGUGUGUGUGUGUGUGUGUGUGUGUGUGUGUGUGUGUUUGUGUGUGUGUGUUUGUGUGUUUGUGUGUGUGUGUGUGUGUGUGUGUGUGUGUGUGUGUGUGGUGGGGGGGGGAACAAUAGCCUUGAACUUUUUUCAUUUUUAAAGUCACAGUUCUUAAAAUUUCACCUUUGUUUUUUUUUUCUUACUGGUGAAAAACACCGUAGAUCUCAAGAGGGCAGCAAACCAAGACUAGUUAACCAAGACUAGUUACUAGGGUGAGCACCUGGUGACUGCCUGGCAACCACCAGUCACUAUGUAUGAAUAAGUAUUUCCACCAGGCUGUAAGUAACAAGAAGGUUUUUCACCUAGCACAGACAGCAGCCGCUCACCAGCGGGUCAUAGAGUGCACAUUUUAUCAGGCAACUUGUUGUCAGUGUGGGAGAAAUGAUCCCUGCUCUGACCGGGCUCUGCACCAGCUGAAUGCUUUUCUCAGUUUUGCUGAAUUGUCCAGUUUUGAUGGUCGGUUUAACCAGUUCUUUUUUCUUUAAGAUGUAAAGCUGCUGUUGUUUAAAGUACUAAAUAUUAGUACUCAUCAUGCUCCUCUGUGCACAUUUUACUGAGGAAGUCAAAGUGCUGCAUGGCAGACGUUUGCAGCUGUUAUCAGAAAGAUGCUCAGGCAGUAAAUGAUUGUUGAGGUAAUCGUACUGUUAUGUUUGAUCAUUGAAUCGCUCCUUGCUUUUUUUCAGUCAUCUCUUAGUUGUGUUGCUAAUUUUCUUUUUCAAUCAAAGUUUUCCUGUUAAUCCUAAAAACCCCUGAAUGCUGCCCCAUCACCGAUGUACAUAACUUAUUUUAUCAUGGAGGACAAAAAGGAUUUUACAAGGGACAAAAUCUGUGCUAAUUUUAUAAAUGCAUCGCCUUAAUGUGAUUGCCACUCUUUCCUAUACUUGAUGUGAAUUCCAAUAAAGAAUCUGACUUUUCUAA